AUGAUCCUAUCAAAUCCUCGAAACCCACGCAGUCAUCAAAAGAAGCAGCUCGCCUUCCCGAGGCCACGCAAUUUCCUCAAAAACAAACCCGAGGCCAAUGUCCGGGUCGUAGCAAACCCGCAACAGCAGAUCGAGCGUUCACGCGAAGCCGGUCCGAUUCAAUCAUGUCCAAACAGCCCCGUCUCCAAACAACGACGUAAACCCGGUGAGCAAAGGACAACGGUACUUGCGGCGGAACCGUCCGUUUGCUUGAACAAUCCCGACUACGAAACGAGACCCUAUGAUCCCCCCCAUCAAACUCGGCCGCCGGAUCGAUGGCCACUGGAUUUGAGUUCCAUCCGCUUGAUAAUUUCCAUGCCAAAAGCCACAGGUUUGCGCCAACGCACGAUCUCAGCAUUCCAGAUCGACCUCGCCACGUCACCAUGCCUUUUCGCUGACGAGACCCUGCCAGCGAGGUCAAACACCACCAAACGUUUGACGAGGCAAUAUGAAAGAGCGUUCGAGCCUCCCCGUUUCUCAGCUCCGCACAGCAAAGUCCGUUGA